AUGUUCGAUGAAUUUCAUCAUCACCCACUAGUUCAUUCUAACAAGAUAUCCAAUGAUGACCAUUGGAUCCAUUGGGUCAUACGGAGCAAUGAUGACGGAAAUUCAAUAUUUGUGUUUGUCAAUGGAGAUACUCUCAACACCAUCAACGUUUAUAAUUGCUUCGGAAAACUCUCUAACGAUUCCAAUGUUUGCAAUGGUAGAGGUCCAUGCAUUGGAGAUAACAAUUGUUCGUGUCUUGUUUUGGGAUAUUUUGGAGAUGAAUGUCAAAAUUUCACUUGUUAUGGCAUACAAGCAAAUUUAACAGGAAUGGUUUGUUCUGGACAUGGAACGUGUACAGAUUUCAAUAAGUGUCAAUGUGAUCCUCAAUGGCAUGGAUCCAAUUGCAAUAUUACGGAAUGUUUUUCAAUAUUACAAAAUGAAACCUCACUUGUUUGUAGUGGACAUGGAAGUUGUGUCCAGACCGAUAUCUGUCAAUGUACUCCUUCUUUAAAUUAUACUGGAGUACAAUGUGAAAUUCCAAAGUGUUAUGGAAUUGCUGGAAAUGCCAGUAAUGUCUGCUCAUCACAUGGUACUUGUUCUUCACCAAAUAAUUGUACCUGCGACGCUGGGUAUAUGGGAUCACAAUGUCAGUAUGUCCAAUGUUUUGGAGGAAAUUCCUCUGUGCCAAGCUCAGUGUGUAAUGGCGGGAAGGGACUUUGUGUGGCACCUGACACUUGUCAAUGUACAAGUGGUUAUGUUGGAGUUGCAUGUCAGUAUCCCGUGUGUUAUGGAAUUCCAUCCAAUGACACUGUCCAUUCAUGUUCAGGCUCUGUAAGAGGAACUUGUGUUUCAAAUAACACUUGUUCAUGUAAUUACGGAUACAAUGGCCUUCAAUGCGAAUAUAACAUUUGUUAUGGAAUCUCUUCUACAAGUUUGAGUGUUUGUUGGAAUCAGCAUGGUGACUGUAUUGGUCCCAAUAAUUGUAAUUGCACAGUUCCAAACUUUACUGGAUAUGACUGCUCUUUUGAACUGUGUUCUUCUGGAUUUAAAUGCAAUCGAAGACAUGGCUUUUGUUUGUCACCUCUAACCUGCAAAUGUGAUACCGAUUGGACAGGACUUGAUUGUAGCACUCCAAUUUGUUUUGGAUUUCCAGCCAAUGACACUUCUAAUGUUUGUUCUGGAAGAGGUACAUGUACCUACGCCAAUCAAUGUUCAUGUCCAACUGGUUGGAGAGGUAAUUCCAAUUGUAGCAUGUAUAGUUGUGAUGGACAGAAUUAUUGCAGUGGACAUGGUGUUUGUAUUGGCCCCAAUAUGUGUAGUUGCGAUGAUGGUUGGAAGGGAAAUAGUCAAUGCAGUGCAGUGAGUUGUGAGUUGCUUGGAAAUUGUAAUGGUAAAGGAUCAUGUACAGGUGAAAAUGUUUGUACCUGUAGCUCAGGUUGGAAAGGAAAUGCGAAUUGUACUUUAUUCUCUUGUGAUGCAACUAAUUAUUGUAGUGGUCAUGGAGUUUGUAUUGGACCUAAUACUUGUGCCUGUGAUGCUGGAUAUAAGGGAAAUCUCAACUGUAAUGCAUACAGUUGUGAGUUAGCAGAAAACUGUAACGGUAAAGGAUCAUGUAGUGGACCCAAUGUGUGUAGUUGCAACUCUGGAUGGAAAGGAAACUCUACUUGCAGUGCCUUCACAUGUGAUGGCAAAGGAUAUUGUAAUGGACAUGGCCAAUGCAUUGGAGCCAAUACUUGUCAAUGUGAUUCAGGUUGGCAAGGAAAUACUACAUGUUCAGCCUUCUCUUGUGAUGCUUUGGGAAAUUGUGGUGGUUCGAUAAAGGGAACUUGUGUCUCGAAUAACACAUGUUCCUGUAAAAGUGGAUACAAGGGAUCUAAUGAUUGCUCAAUUUUCACCUGUGACGGAAGAAACAACUGUUCAGGUGAUCAUGGUACUUGUGUAGGACCAAAUCUUUGUUUGUGUAAUGUGGGAUGGACUUCUUCGAGUGACUGUUCUGUUUUUUCUUGCUCCAUUUUUGGUAAUUGCUCGAACCAUGGACAGUGUGUUUCUAAUAACACUUGUUCAUGCAAUUUUGGAUGGGAAGGUCUCGACUGUAACACAUUCAACUGUUUAGGUCGGAAUCAGUGUUCAUCAAACGGUGUUUGUGUUUCAAACAAUACUUGUUCCUGUCUCUCAGGAUGGAAAGGUAAUGCCAAUUGUUCUGCCAUUUCAUGUGAUGGUCUCAAUCAUUGCGGAGGAGCAUUGAAAGGUGUUUGUGUUUCCAACAACACCUGUCAGUGUCAAUCCGGUUGGAAAGGAUCCCUUGAUUGUACUCUCUUUUCGUGUGAUGGUGUCAAUCAAUGUAGUGGAAAUGGUCUAUGUAUUGGAAAUAACACUUGUCAAUGUGCGAGUGGAUGGGGAGGACCAGACUGUAGUAUUUUCAAUUGCAAUGGUGUCAAUGAAUGCGGAGGCCCUCUUCAAGGAUUGUGUGUUGCCAAUAACACCUGUCAAUGCCAAUCCGGUUGGAAAGGUUCAGCAAAUUGUGGAAUUUUUUCAUGUGACGGUGUGAAUGAAUGUUCUUUACAUGGUUCAUGCAUUGGAAAUAACACAUGUCUCUGUGCUGAUGGUUAUAAGGGUAAUAAGAAUUGUUCGGCUUUUUCAUGUGAAUUGGUUGCUUCAUGCAGCUCUCAUGGAAAUUGUAUUGGACCAAAUAUUUGUUCCUGUAUGGAUGGUUACGGAGGACCAAAAUGUGAUAUUUUCAAUUGUUAUGGAAAGUUAGCCAUUGACCCAGAUGUUUGCAGUCGAAAUGGGUCAUGUGUAGGUCCACAUCAUUGUGAAUGUUUGUCAGGUUUUUCAAAUACUGGAAUUUGUAAUCAACCAAUCUGUUUUAACAGAACUGCCAAUGAUACUAAUGUUUGCAAUGGUUAUGGUGUCUGUAUUGCUCCUGAUGUUUGCUACUGUACUUCUCCCUAUUAUUAUGGACCAAAUUGCACUCACUUUGAUUGUUACGGAAUUUUCUAUCAAAGCCCUUCAGUUUGUUCUGGGAAAGGUGUUUGCUUCUCUCAUGAUAAUUGCUCAUGCCAGGCAGGUUAUGUUGGAUCGAAUUGCGAAUUUAUUCAAUGCUACGAAUUGGACUCUUCGUCUCCAAAUGUAUGCUCAGGCAGAGGACUUUGUUUGUCACCAAAUAAUUGUCAUUGUACAAAUUCUUUGUUUUCUGGUAUGAAUUGCAACAUUUCAUUGAGCGAAUUGCCAUUAACAAUUAAGAGCAAUCGAUAUAGUGUUGGUCCCAAUGCUAUGGAUGUAUUCAACAACAUUUCAGUGCUCAACAUUGAAACCAUGUUCACAGAAUCUAUUUAUCCAUAUAUUGAAAGUUCAGUCAUUUAUCAAUGGAAUUGUUCAAAUUGUGGCGAGAAUACAACACAAUCAAGAAUUUUCCUGAAUGGAAAUUCAUCUUCCACACUUUCUAUUGAUAUUAACAAUUUGCCAUUUGGAACAUUUAUUUUCACAGUGAGAGCCUAUGUAGAAUUUUCAGAGAAUCAUGUGAUAUAUCGACGAAAUGCUCCAUUACUCUCUGUUGUGGUGCGGUUAUUUAUGGUUCCUGAAGUGUACAAUGUCGCUGUGACGGGUAUUCCAUCUGCCAUUGUCAUUUCAGACAAGGUUUCUACUUUGACCACAUCUGUCCCUUUUGCCUCAAUGAAUGAGAGUAUCAUUUUCAGAUUUCUUGGAUGUCAUACAUUGCAAGUGAAUCAAUCGUUAUUGGAAAAUGUCACAUCAACAACUUGGGAAACUGUUUGUGAACCAACAGUGGUUUCUUAUCGAAGUAUUUUGAUAUUUAGAAAUUCGACCUCAUGGAUUGAACUUGCUACCUUUGAAUCGAAUGUGACAGCAACAGCAAAUAGCAAAAAGACGAGUAUUACUUUCACUCCAAUGCCCUCAUUCACCUAUGACUUGCGAAACAACCUCCAAGCAUGGAAUCAAACCUUGAGUAGUAACUCUUCCGACCUUCAAUAUCUGGAGUUUGUCAUCAUUUUUGAAAAUACCAUAACUGGAAAGAAUUUCACAACAUCCUCUAUAAUUCCCAUUGUUCUUCCUGCUACACCUCCUAACAUUGAAAUUGGAAACAUGACUCAACCUCUCCUCGAUGUCUACCCAAAAAAUGGUGUUGCCUUGUUGGAUCGAUUUAGUAUUCACAUCGAAGAAUGGACCGCUCCAGUCACUUUACAACCUCUUCAGUACGCUGUUGGAUUUUAUGACUCAACAUUGAAAAUACCUGUGAGAUUGUCACAAUUCUCAACAAAUACGAACAUGUCGACAUUUUUGCCAUUUAUCACAGAAUCUGUCUCUAAAAAACAAACAAGCCGUCACAUAUCUGCUCAACACAUAACUGUUCAAUUGGUGGUGUUUGUAGUGGAUAAAUUUGGAAAUAUUGAUUGGAGACUUACAGAACAAGUUGCAGUGGCACCGUACAAUGGAACAUCAAGCGAAUUGUUGCAAAAUGUUGAAAUGUUUUCCUCUCAAGAUUUGGUAAUUCUUUCGUAUGACAAAUCAUUACAAUCCACAAAUAGUACGAACACAGAGUUACAACUCAAAUUAUUGGAAAAGAUUGAAUUUGACAUGAAGAAUCCUUCAAUAGCUUUGAACUCACUAAUUUCCUUAACUCAAGAUUCUAACUCAUUGAGCUCUGAAGUAGUGAAAGCUGCCAAUGCUAAAUUGGCAUCCUUUAUGAAUAACGUGUCAGUCAUUUAUCAAGAUGAAAAAAAUCAAUUUUCCUAUGUCAAGAACGUCAUUUUAUCAAAUUCUGAUACUCUUUCCACAAUUUCACUGCUCUCCAAUUUAUUGAACUCUGGGUUGAAUGCAGACUCAACCGAUGAUAAUAUUGUCAAAUUGGCGUCCAUCACCACAAUGGCAGAACUUCCUUCCACUCUUGGUGCCAAUACUUCAUUGCCUGUGCUGCUUUUCAAUUCUGGAUCUAUCAACAUGACACUCUCUGUGUUCACCUUAAACAAGAAUAUCCUUCCAAAUCAAAAUCAAAGCCUUUCAAACGGAAGAAAUACCAUUCAAUUAGAUUUAUUUUCAAUUUCUAACCACGUUUCAACUGGUGAAACGAUCCAGUCAUUGAGUUUCUCAUUCAUUUCAUUAUCAAGAAAUACUCGAUCAGAUUCAAUGACAAAAAUGUAUCCUGUUCUGUCACCGGUGAGUCAUUUCACUGUAAGGAAGGAUGAUACUGAAGUUGCAUUGAAUAACAUCAAUGAACCGAUCUUGUUGAAUUUUGAAAUUGAUUCAAGAAUUUUGACAUCAGUUUCAAACGCAACGAAUAUAACGUUAUCAUGCAAAUAUUGGAAUGUCACUCAAAGUGCAUGGCUUGAAAAUGGAUGUUAUUUGUAUAGUAGCAAUGGUAAUUCUACGCUAACUUGUGCAUGUAAUCACACCACCUUAUUUGCCACAUUUUUGCAAUACAACAUUUCACAAUUGAAGGGACAAUCAGAUUUUAUCAAAUUAACACUGGCAGAUUAUUAUAUCGCAUCAAUUGUAUUUGGUAUUAUCUAUGGAGUUAUUGCAUUUACGGUAUUAACAUUAUUGAUCAUUUUCAGAGAGAAGCAACCGAUUAAGAGCAGAAUCUGUACUCCUUAUCUUGGAAUUGUUGCACUAUUGGUCGAAUGCGUGCUUAUUUUGAUCAUUCAACAAUCCAUUUUAGUGAACGAAAUCAAAUCAAAUAGUCUUAAGAGCUCAUCUUACGAUCAAGAUGUCAGUAAUGUUGUGAAUUGGUUUGGUGGAAUUGCAACGAUUGUGGUAAACACUCUUAAUUUGACAGCCAUUCUGUCAUUCCUGCUGCAAGUGACAAGAUUCCAACUUAUGAAAAAUUUGUAUAAUUUGUUGAGACGUUUAAAACCCAAUUCAGACAUGAGUAUUCAGGAUCGAUUGAAAAGCUAUGAACGAAAAAUCCGACUUCUCAAAACAAUGACUUCUCGAGCAGCUAAUAAUAUUGUUUUGGUUGCAUUUGCCUUCAUGAACGUCUUGUACUGGUUGCUAUUCUUUAUUUUGAAAUUUAUGGGAGUCAUCUCACCAUUUGCAUACACAUCAGUGGUAUCCAUUACAUACAUGGUCAUUAUUUUAACAUUUGGAGUUUUGAUUACUUUAGUGUUUAUUGUGGAUAUUGUCUUGACUUUAAAGUUUGAUAGUGAGCGUAUUGACGUGUCUAUUUCUCAAAGCUUAGCAGAUCAAAUUACUAAAUUAGGAUCUGUGAAUGAUGGAAAAACUCUUCAAAAUUCUGGAUUUAGUGGAUUAAAAAGAAAGGACGACAAUUCACAGACCAUCCAAAUUUCCACUCUCAUUCGACAAGCUUGGAGAUGGUUCCUUAGAAGAGACAGACCACUCUAUUUUCGUUUAGAAAUGGUCUUCUUUGUGGUAUUCUUUAUUUUCCUUAUCAUUUCCCAAGCGACUGGAAUUUCCACAUUGGAGAGCCGUUUUGUCAGCGAGGAACAAUUUAAAAAGGGGCUCUAUGCAGAUACUGCUCGUUUUGCAUUCGAGGUGGUAUAUAUUGUGUUCUAUGUGUUAGCAUUUGGUGGUUUUGCUGCAAUUGUAUCUGUAGUGAAUUAUAUGAAACAUCUGAUUCGACAGAUUGAAAGAAACAAACAAAGAAGAAUGCUCAACAAAAGUGCCAUAAAAUCAGGAAUAUCUCUUCAAAACAAUAAGGAAACAAUGGAUGACAAUGAUGACUAUAACGAAGAAUUAUAUCAAUUAAUUCAUGACAACGAAGGAUUUGCUGUUUUUGAAGAGUAUUGCAAGAAAGAAUGGAGUAUUGAAAAUUUAUAUAUUUAUCUUGAUCUGGAAUCUUUUGAAAGAAAACUACCAUAUAUUAUGGAAGAUUCAGAAAGAUUCCUUCAACAAAUCUACAUUUUUUGUGUUUCCAUCUUUGAGGUAUAUAUUAAGGAAGGAGCAAGUUUGGAAGUGAAUAUUCCAUCAAGAACCAAAAAGGAUUUCUUUAUAUUGUUCAAGUUGGUGAUGGAAUCAGCAGGUAAUCGACCAUUCUGUGACAGCAAAUACAACGAAUUCAUUAAGCAAGAAUUGAAUAAGAAAGCUUUACAUGCCAUUCAAAGCACCAGUUCUAAAUCACUUAUCAAACAAGAUUCUGUGAAUGUAAUUGUAAUGGAUGAAAACAAGCAACCUGCAUCAUCAGCGAUCCAUCACGUUGACUCAACAAAGACGACAAAUUCAUCGUCAUUGGCCAAUACAACAACCGCUGCAGCAUCAUCGUCCGCAAAUUCCGUGAUGUGGAAAGACUAUGAACUUACAGUUAGGGAAUGUUUUGAAUCCUUGCAUCAUCAAGUGGUGAUGAAUCUUAAUGAUACCUUUUCGAGAUUUGUUUUCACAGAUGAGUAUAAGACAUUUGGAUAUGCCAUGGAGGUGAAAUCAAGAAUUGUGAAGGACCAUCGAUUCUCCUUGUAA